GGUACAUAAGAUGGUGAUGAUGAUGAAAUUGAAGUUCUGUGUACUCUUGUUGAUCGUUCAAGCGCUUACAAUAUUCAUCAAGCCAAGUGAAGCAUAUUUCAUCUACGAAGACGGCUCUCAAUCUGACAAUUCAAAGAUGAACGAUGAAACAGAAGAGGAGAAAUAUGGCAUCGUGGAGUUAGACAGGAAUUAUCCCAAUGAUCGCCCACUUGGUAAAUUUUUCUAUUGGAUUUAGUUCAAUUCGGUUUGAAUGUUCUUAAUGACGUUGAUUCAGCCCAUCUUCAUGUUGCAGUAACAGAAUAACUCAGUCUCUUGGAUCAUGUCGAAGAAGAAGAAGAAAACCUUUGCUGCCUUUUUUCUAUUACACAAUAAAUUGGUACAAACCAUUUUUUUAAAUUUCGCUUAUAACAUGUCAUGUUGGCUUCUGUAAUCUCAAAUAUUUGGUAUGUAUGUUUCUCAAAGUUAACUGAUAAAUAACAAUAUUGCACAAUUGA